GGGUCCCUCCAUCCCGCCACACACUAACUGACUCUGGGCCUGUGCCAAGGCAGAAGAGGGCAUCCCCAGCCCCUAUGGAGGUGCCGGACAUGGCAGUGCCCACAGUACCAGUAGUACCCGUUGCUGACUGCUGCUCUCUGUUGUGUUCCUAUCUCCAGCACAACAAGGCUGCGGUGCAGAUCAAGCAAGACAUGAAGAAGAUGGUCCAGCUGCCCAUGCUGAGGGGGACCUCCAGGGGACCUCCAGGAGUGGAGGCCAGGGGCGGCAGGCUGUUCGGUGUGUCCCUGCUGGAGCUCAGGGAGCUGGGCCUCGUGAAGGAUGGCGUGCCCCUGGUGGUGCGGAGCAUGGUGGAGUUCCUCCGAGAACAUGGUGAGCUGAGGGGAUGGUUGGGGAUCAAGGGGGGUUGAGAGCAGAUGAGGGGCUAGGGGGUCUUUAAUGUUUCAAUACACAGUCAUUUUGUAAUGGUCAUUGUGCAUCCAUUUUGGUUGUGAUGUAGUUGUACGGAUGUUAGUGAGACUAACUUGUUAUUAUUAACAAACUAAUGAAUACGAUCAGUGAUUUCCUAGAUUUUAUAAACUUGAAAUCCACUGUCAAUAGACGGGAGUGAUAGCUGCUACUGUGAUAACCACAGCCAUAGAUAUAGAACACUGCUUUAUACUGUAUCUAUGGCCACAGCUAUCUUUCUCUGUCAUUGAGUCAAUAACCCACCUGAUUGCUGUCAAGACAACACAGGGUUAACAAUGACAGUGUUAGCCCUCAGUCCAAAGUCACUGUGUUCACUGGCCAAGAGCCUAGAAUAUGCAAGCUAGUUCCGCUUUGUAUAGGUCAUUGCAAAACAAUUUGUUACAUGAUAACAUCAACAAUACCUUUGCCACGAGACUCUUGUAGAUAAUCAUAUUAUAACACAUCAUUUUGAAUUUAUCUUCCUAUUAUGAAAAGUCAAUAUCAUAACUUAUUAGACAGUUUUUUUUAUUUUUUUAUUUUUUUAUUUUAUUUAACCUUUAUUUAACCAGGUAAGCCAGUUGAGAACAAGUUCUCAUUUACAACUGCGACCUGGCCAAGAUAAAGCAAAGCAGUGUGAUAAAAACAACAACACAGAGUUACAUAUGGGGUAAAACAAAACAUAAAGUCAAAAAUACAACAGAAAAUAUAUAUACAGUGUGUGCAAAUGUAGCAAGUUAUGGAGGUAAGGCAAUAAAUAGGCUAUAGUGCAAAAUAAUUACAAUUAGUAUUAACACUGGAAUGAUAGAGAUUAACGCAAGAGAUGAUGUGCAAAUAGAGAUACUGGGGUGCAAAUUAGCAAAAUAAAUAACAAUAUGGGGAUGAGGUAUUUGAGUGGGCUAAUUUCAGAUGGGCUGUGUACAGGUGCAGUGAUCGGUAAGGUGCUCUGACAACUGAUGCUUAAAGUUAGUGAGGGAGAUAAGAGUGUCCAGCUUCAGAGAUUUUUGCAAUUCGUUCCAGUCAUUGGCAGCAGAGAACUGGAAGGAAUGGCGGCCAAAGGAGGUGUUGGCUUUGGGGAUGACCAGUGAGAUAUACCUGCUGGAGCGCAUACUACGGGUGGGUGUUGCUAUGGUGACCAAUGAGCUAAGAUAAGGCGGGGAUUUGCCUAGCAGUGAUUUCUAGAUGGCCUGGAGCCAGUGGGUUUGGCAACGAAUAUGUCGUGAGGACCAGCCAACAAGAGCGUACAGGUCACAAUGGUGGGUAGUAUAUGGGGCUUUGGUGACAAAACGAUGGCACUGUGAUAGACUACAUCCAAUUUGCUGAGUAGAGUGUUGGAGGCUAUUUUGUAAAUGACAUCGCCGAAGUCAAGGAUCGGUAGGAUAGUCAGUUUUACGAGGGCAUGUUUGGCAGCAUGAGUGAAGGAGGCUUUGUUUUUGCGAAAUAGGAAGCCGAUUCUAGAUUUAACUUUGGAUUGGAGAUUCUUAAUGUGAGUCUGGAAGGAGAGUUUACAGUCUAACCAGACACCUAGGUAUUUGUAGUUGUCCACAUACUCUAGGUCAGACCCGUCGAGAGUAGUGAUUCUAGUCGGGUGGGCGGGUGCCAGUAGCGUUCGAUUGAAGAGCAUGCAUUUAGUUUGACUAGUGUUUAAGAGCAGUUGGAGGCUACUGAAGGAGUGUUGUAUGGCAUUGAAGCUCGUUUGGAGGUUUGUUAACACAGUGUCCAAUGAAGGGCCAGAUGUAUACAAAUUGGUGUCGUCUGCGUAGAGGUGGAUCUGAGAGUCACCAGCAGCAAGAGCGACAUCAUUGAUAUACACGGAGAAAAGAGUCGGCCCAAGAAGUGAACCCUGUGGCACCCCCAUAGAGACUGCCAGAGGUCCAGACAACAGGCCCUCCGAUUUGACACAUUGAACUCUAUCUGAGAAGUAGUUGGUGAACCAGGCGAGGCAGUCAUUUGAGAAACCAAGGCUAUUUAGUCUGCCAAUAAGAAUGCGGUGGAUGACAGAGUCGAAAGCCUUGGCCAGGUCGUUGAAGACGGCUGCACAGUACUGUCUAUUUUCGAUCGUGGUUAUAAUAUCGUUUAGGACCUUGAGCGUGGCUGAGGUGCACCCAUGACCAGCUCGGAAACCGGAUUGCAUAGCGGAGAAGGUACGGUGGGAUUCGAAAUUGUCAGUGAUCUGUUUGUUAACUUGGCUUUCAAAAACUUUCGAAAGGCAGGGCAUGAUGGAUAUAGGUCUGUAACAGUUUGGAUCUAGAGUGUCACCCCCUUUGAAGAGGGGGAUGACCGCGGCAGCUUUCCAAUCUCUGGGGAUCUCAGACGUUACGAAAGAGAGGUUGAACAGGCAAGUAAUAGGGGUUGCGACAAUUUCGUCGGCUAGGCUUUGUGUUGUGUAAAACCACAUUUUACACUCCUUAACAUCACAUGUGUUGCUGUUGUGAUCUGCAAAGGUGUAAUUUGAUUGGUAUAAAUACAAAUACAAGCUCCAUACCAUGAUAGACUUAUCCUUAUGGUUCUGUUCUCUCCUCUUGCUAUCAAAUGGUCCAUUUAGCCCUUCUAGUAGUAAUUCCCUUGUUUCCCCACUAGAGGUCAUUGUAGUGCUAUGAUACAGCAGUAGGACGACAACUUGGCACCCUCUCACAAGCUCACCACACCCACAUCAUACAUUGGGCCUUGCAGAUAGUUGUUUAAUUGUGUGUGUGGUUGAAUAAUCAGUCUAUUCAGGUCACGGGGGUCGUUGUGAUUAAGAAAUAGGGGAGACAGGAGCACGUGCCAUGUGGACAAAGAAAAAGGUAUCGUUUUUUUUGUUUUUGCUUUGGUUAUUAUUUUUUUACAAUUAUAGUUAGGUAAUAGAAAAUGUGCCUUUAAAGAGCGUUUCUUAAUUACAUUUCAAUCUCUGGCUCAAAUGAUUUGUUCUCUGCAGGGUUGCCAUUGCAGCCCACUGGUCUGGGCGCAUUCAGCAGGAUGCAACGUUUUGCAACGUUCCGAAAUAAAUAUGGCAUGUAGAACAAAAAUGCCUCUGACAUGUAGAAUAAGGAAUCACGUCAUGGCAUUUCGGUCUGCAACGUUCGACAACUGCAUGUGGCCCUGUAGACUGUUCACAACAACAGCAGAGCAACAGUUCCACGUUCAGUACUUAAUGCCGUUAAUGGUAUGUAAUCCCAGCAACUGCUGUCCAAGUUAAUAAAGUAUAACACACAUUUACACAGCCGCAGCAGAAGGUAGCCUCACGGUUAGAGCGUUGGGCCAGUAACCGAAAGGUCACUAGUUCAAAUCCCAGUGCCGACAAGUUGAAAGAUCUGUUGAUGUGAGGAGCAAGGUACUUAACCUUGCUUGCUCCAGGGUCACCGAUGAUAAUGGCUGACCCUGGCCGUGACCCCGCUCUCUGAGGGUGUCUCAGGGGGAGUUGGGAUUUGCAAAAAAGUCAUUUUCAAUUCACACACGCGUAUUAAUACACACUUGUACAUUUGUGAAAUAGGACGAAUAUAAGCGCACCCACCAAAUUAAUUAAUGAAUUAUUGUCACCCAUCAACUUGACCCUUUGUCACCCCUCCAUCCCCAGCCCUUCAUCAGGAGGGUCUGUUCAGGGUCAAUGGUAACGUACGGGCGGUGGAGGGGCUUAAGCAGCGGCUGGAGAACGGUGAGGACGUGGACUUCCUGGUUGAGGCGGAUGUGUGUACAGUGGCCAGCUUGUUCAAACAGUACCUCAGGGACCUGCCAGAAGGCCUGGUAGACUCCAGCAUACAGCCUGCCCUUAUACAGCAGCACCAGGGUAAGAACUUUUACUGUUUGAAAUAAUACGAUGUGUGUGUUUGUCUAUAAACUGUGAAGGAACUUGUCCUUGGGGGAAUAAUUGUGAGAUAAUGAUGAUCGAUUUGAUCCUAGUCUGUCAACAGUACUCUACUCUAGGGUCUUUGACCAUCACUGUCUCCAUUCACAACAUUAGAAUUGUGUUCGCUCACUUCUCUAGUCAUAUGAUCACUAUCGUACCAUAUACUGUAUACCCAUUACCAUUAACACAUCAGUGAUCAUUCUCUUAACCAUGGUGUCGAGGUCACAAAUGGACGGUAAUGAUACAUAGUCAUUAUCAUACAUAAUCAUAAUUAAGCAGCAUAAUCAUGCUCAAGUGGUGCUUCCAUUUCGUUACCAGAUACUACAUACAACACCAGUGUAAUCAGUGUUACCGUUCUUCUACAGAGAUACUAUCAGAACAAUCUACAGCUAAGAGUACCAGUUGGCACUCGCCCUAAACCGUUUCCCAAUCCCACCUUUAAAUCCUGCAGCUCUUCGCCAGUGUUAUACGUAUCUAGGUCACGGUUCUGACUUCUGAUUCGCUCGAAACAACAGGCUAUCUUUAGAUGUCUGCGUGGGUCACUGGCUGGGUCUUACACUGUGCAGGAGACAGGAGUUGACCUUUAACACAGCAGAAGUGUCUGGGGCACGGGACUGCAUGACACACACAAACAUCCGCUGACUCAGGCAGUGGAAAGGCAGCGAGGCAUGGCUUCAUUGGCUUCAGCUCAGAGUCCUUCUUCACGGACUCCUCAGUCCUAACAGUGUAUAGUAUGAGUCCAUAUAAGGUCACGCCAGUCCCAUGCCCGUCACACACUGUACUGGCAUUACUCUGGUCUUAACUCACCUCCAUGAUGAUCUGGUUCAGUCUGGAUGAUGAAAAGGGAAGGGAAAUGACACCCUAUUCCCUAUGUAGUGCACUAAUUUCGACGUACACUCUGUUUUGGUCAAAUUGCUCUGGUCAAAAGUAGCGCACUAUAUAGGGAAUAGGGUGCCAUUUGGGGCGUAGUCUCUGUUUUGGUUCAAAGUGCCUUGUGGUUGUCAGAGAUGACAGAGAGUGUAUAUUAUAAACUUGUUGGAUGAAUAGGAUUAUUUGUCAUAGCUUGGUGCCAGAGGAUGCAUUAAGAGAGUGUGGCCUUGCCGGGUACAAGUCAAUGAAGAAGCAGGACUUGGAUUGGCGAGGAAAAUGACUCAAUAUGAUUGGUUCAAGUCCCCAUGUCAAGGUACAGGAACGUGUUCAACUGAGGGAGGGGAAAAAUAAGUGAUGGAUGGAUGGAUGAGCAGACAGCAGGAGAGCAUGACAAAAAACAGAUGAAUAGAUGGAGGAGGAAUUGGUCAAUAGGUGCAUUCCCAUCGGAAUGAUAGAACGAUAGAUACGAUGGAAAGAUAGAAAGAUGGAACAAAUUAUGACAGGACACAAAUAUCUAUUUUAUAUCCCCCAGAGAGGUGGAAGGUGACCUGAAUGUUCCCGCUCUCUGUGUGGCAUGUGUGCUGUUGGACUGGCCACAUAUGAUGCAUCAUGGGUACCAGGAAACCCAUCUAAAAACCCAGUGUGGUUUGGCUGACAUUUUGCUGCCCUGGUAGGUAAUGUUACACAUUAGCAGAUUGCAAUGUUCGACCCGAAGAUUUGCCACGUGAGGGACUUUGCUGCUGCGUGACUGCCAUGGCAACGAUAAACCGGAUUACAAUAUUCUGGAUUGUGAUUCAUUUUAUUGUGAAUAUUCAGUUUAGGAUUAGAGUUGGUCAAUGUUCACUGUUUAGCCUCAAGCUGAUGUCAGUCUUUCCUCUCUUUUUCAGGCGGAAAUUCUUUGAUAUUGUUUAUCUGGUUACGGAUGAUAUGUCUUACCUUGGAGAAAUGAAGGGAAAUAUGCAAAGAGGUCACUAUCAUAGACACCCAUAGAGACAUGUUAGAGAUAGCGGUCUGAGAUUAGGGUCAGUCUGUUUUGUAGUGUGGUAGAAAAUGACAGUGGAUCAACUGAGUAACUCUAUCGUCAUAUAAAACCCAGGAACAAGCCUGUGUCUGGGCAUUCUUGGCAGAGUGAAGGGCUGACGUCUCCAUCUGAUCCCACUUCACCUCUCCCCACACGCACACACUCACAUGCACACACACACACACACACACACACUCCUCUGAACUUCACCUCACCAGACUUACAACAGCUGUGAGUGCUCUCAGAGCUCAUGAACACAACACACACACCUCUGAACUUCACCUCACCAGACAUGCAACAGCUGUCAGUGCUCUCAGAACUCCUGGUGCCCUCCUGUUGUGUACACACACACACACACACACACACACACACACACACACAAACUACAUAGACACAUGUCUGCCUUACUCAAGACCAGUAGGUAUGUCCCUUUAUCCACCUCUGACCUCUGACCCCAAUAUGAAUCCUGACUGAGUACUGGCAUCAUCAUGUUUUCACUGCCUUUUAAUGCUAAGGUAUUACCAGCAUCGUGGUCAUAGAUGAUACAUUUAGAGCAGGUGUGUGCGUCAUUCUCUUUCAAAUAUCAAUGUGCGUCCAGCCCAACAACAGCCGUUGACCUGAAGUUAGGAUUGUAUGGUGUUAGUAGGCUUGUUUUCAAUUUGACACACUUGACCUUAGUCGAAAGGCCACGACUCUCAGAACCCAAAACCAAAGCUUGUUUGUGUGCUUGUUUUGUAAGUUAUGAGAGAAUAAUUAUUAUUGACAGAUUAUAAACUAGGUAAUGUGAGCUAAAGUAUUAUUAAAAAACAUGAUCAUGCCAAUGCAAUUCUUGGUAUGUGGGUUAAUAAUCAUGUGCUAUCUUUCUCAUCAACAAAUUGGAGCAUUGGUUCGAAGUACAGUACUCUCAAAAUUCCUUAGAAUCUUUAAAUUUUUGAUAAUUUUGUUUCUACAUGUUUGUGGUUUUCUUCUAGGUGUACAGCUGUUCAACCAAAGCACAACACAGUCUCUCCCCUCUCUAAUAAUGUCUAGAAUAGAAUACAUUUACAUCACUUAGCAGACGCUCUUAUCCAGAACGAUUAUCAGGAGCAAUUAGGGUUAAGUGCCUUGCUCAAGGGCACAUUGACAGAUCUUUCACCUAGUUGGCUCUGGGAUUUAAACCAGCGACCUUUCGGUUACUGGCCCAAUGCACUUAACCGCUAAAUUACCUGCCGCCCUGAAUAGAACAGAACAGCUUUAUUUUCUAAAUGGUUCUCCCUGUAUAUUUCCCUCCAGAGUCCAGUGAGGAUGGUUUCUGCUCAGACCUGAGGGUCUUACUCCACCAGUUGCCAGACAUCCACUACAGCCUCCUGCAGUACCUCUGUCUCUUCCUCACCCAGGUGGACCAGCGCCACAAGGAGAACCGCAUGACCGCUCUCAAUCUGGCAACUGUCUUCGGCCCCAAUGUCUUCCAGUAAGUUUUAUUACAUGUUCAUGGGAUUUUGGGAUGGGUGUUAUUUUAAGACAGAUGGGUUGCCAGGUUGGUCUAAAUGGCAGAUGACUGUCAUUAUGUUUUAAGCCCUUGUUAAAGCCAGUUUAUGGCAUAUAUGUUAUGAGUCAUGCAUGAUGUUGUGCCGGAAAAUGGUGCUAUAUCCCUUUAAAAAGAUACACAGAAACUGUUCAAAAUCAAAUCAAAUGUUAUUCAUCACGUUCACAGUUUACAGCAGGUAUAAAAGGUGCAGUGAAAUGCUUGUGUACGAGCUCCCUCAACAUUGCAGUACUAUAAUCAAUAAUAAUCAAUAAUAAUCAAUAAUAAUCAAUAAUAAAAAAGUAAUAGAAUAGUAGUUUUUGUAUUUUAUUAGGAUCCCCAUUAGUUCCUGCCAAGGCAACAGCGACUCUUCCUGGGGUCCACAUAGUAAUAUCCUGGUAUGUACACAAUAGGAUACACAGAAUAGAUCAUGAAUGUGCUAUGUCAAGUAUUUACCAUAUAAAGUAGAUAGUGUGCUGGUUGCGCAGUUAAUAGUUUGAUUUAUGAUUGAUUCAUGUUAAACUGUUCCAUAUAAUAAUUGUUCUAUAAGACAAAACACGCCUGUAUAAAAUAAGAAAAUAUAACAGAAUGGGUCCUGAAAACACCAGCAACCUCCAAUGAGUUGUCCUGACUUAGUCCCUCACGUCUCCACUCCAACAACAUCCACGUUUUAAUCCCUUGCUAUUUACCCUCUGCUGUUUAAAGGGUAGAAUGUUCCUUAACAAGCGUAUUAAAGCCAGCUUGGAUGUGGAUUUAUCCUUGGAGUAUAUCAUUUAUCACGCCUGAGAGGACACCUGUGUGUGUGUGUGUCAUUAGUCUCUAGUGGCCUGCCUGCCUGUCUAUGACAGUCUUUGAAUAGCACACACACACACACACACACACACACACACACACACACAGCUACCUCUAUGCACUGGGACUUCUUGGCUGACUUGCCUAAAUCCUUGGAAUCAGGUUGAUUGAUUGAUGUUUGUGUUUCCGUCAACAUUGUCCUGUUCUAAACCUGUAUUGACAUGUGUUGCCAUGAGAACGAGUAGGCAGGAGAAAGGGAGAGAGCUGUUGCACUCCUCCUUUCUCACCCUCUGUCCCUCCUUCAUCUCUCCAUCUCUCUAUCUCCCUCCUCCACCUUCUCUGUCUAUCUCUCUCUCUCACACACACACACACACACACACACACUCCUUUACUAUUCACAUUCUCUUCCACUUCUACCGGCAUCCCUUUGAGUGGUACUGUCACUAUUUGAGAAAUGUGAUCAUGAUCGAGGGUACUAUGUAACUUCACAGUCAACCAUGUCCUCUCCCUGGCCAAUGCCCUCAUUGCUCAUAAAUGGUGUAUGUCUGUGUUCUCAGUGUCCAAGUGUCUACUAUCCACAGAGUACCAUAUGCCUCGCACCGUGAUCGAGGGCAUUAUGUUCAUGGGUGGAAAGAGUAUUGAAAUAUCCUACUUAAGUAGAAGUACUGUUACUUUAAUGACGUAUUUUACUCAAGUAGGAGUCAAAUUACUGGUGUAAAAGAACUGCUCCCUGUUUCACUCACUCACUCCCUCACAAACUCCCUCUUUCACUCACUCACCAGAUGUAGAAAGAGUACUGAAAUAUCCUACUCAAGUAGCAGUAAUGUUACUUUAAUGACAUUUUACUCAAGUAGAAGUAAAAAAACUGACUUUGAAAAAUACUCCAAAAAGUACAAGUACUCUGAAAAGCUACAGUUACAGUAGCGAGAUUAGUGGCAAUUAGUUACUUUACACCUAUAACUAUGUUCCAACUUCCCAGCCAUCCAUACCUACUGGCCACCCCAUACCCCCCUGCCCGCCUGAUUGGCAGCCAUAUCUAAUAAUAACACCAGAUGUCCAUGCCAGGGAAUCCGUCCCUGAUGGCACAUCAAGUCUCACUAUCACUGGAGGGUCUGUACAGGACAUAGAAUUGGGAAGAGGGCACGCACCCUAUCUUUGCCAUUAUCACUUCAUCAAUGGUGCUGUCCGCUAAAACAGGUUUUGAGGCAACUGUGCCCUCUAUCGAACUCUAUAGUACAGUAAGAGGACAAGGAAGUGACCAGAGGAGGCUGGUGGGAGGAGCUAUAGGAUGACAGGCUCAUUGUAAUGGCUGGAAUGGAAUAAAUGGAAUGGAGGUUUCCAUAUGUUUGAUGUGUUUGAUUCCAUUCCAUUGAUUCCAUUCCAGGCAUUCCAAUGAGCCUGUCCUCCUAUAGCUCCUCCCACCAGCCUCCUCUGGAAGUGACAUACCUUUGCCCUGGCCUCAUACUGUACACCAUGUUCUCAGUGUGUUCCCUCCGUCAACCAAUCAGAGAGGGGUAUAAUUAGGCCCAGAGCCCACGCCAUGUCGGCAUGUCAAACAGCUGUUCAGGAAAAACUCAGUAACAUGAUCUGGUAUCAAGGGCUACUGGAUUGUCCUGACUUGGCCUGACAUGGUACUGGAAUGUGCCCUACUCCAGAGGAGUCUGGUGGGAGGAGGUAUAGCAGGACGGGCUCAUUGUAAUGGCUGGAAUGGAAUUAAUGGAAAGGAGUCAAACGUGGUUUCCAUAUGUUUGAUGUGAAACCAUUCCACCUAUUCCGCUCCAGCCACUACCACAAGCCCUUCCUCCCCAAUUAACGUGCCACCAACCUCCUGUGCCCUACUCAUCGAGAUUCACUAUAAUAUGACUCUCUUCUAUUUAAUCCUGUGGCAUCGUGUUUGCCGCCAUAAGACCCCCAUAAGGGCUGUAGAAAAGCACUUUGUCCAUGGACUGUUGUGUUAUUGUGCUAUGAUGUGAGAGCUGUUGGUGGAAUGUGGUGCUCGUGUUUCCCUUGAACCACGUUGUCCUUGUUGACCUUGUUUUGUGUCAAACGGCACCUGCAUAAAUGAUGUAUUGUAGCUUUUGUUGCUCUUUGUCAUGGCAGAGAAGGUGUUGUAUUGCUGCGAAUAGGGGGUGGAUCUUGAGUAAUAUGUACCCUGUGACCCUAUGUCUGUCAGUCAAACACCUAGCUAAACUAAAGAUGGUGGAUAAAUGAAGAUGAUUUACUCAGGCCGUUUACCAUUGGAAAAUAAUGGUCAGUUCUGGUCUACUUAACUGGGCGUCUCUCCCAUAGACACCAGUGCAAUAACAGCUGGGUCUACUUACAGUAGUUCAUUGACUUUGAUUGAACCAGGAGACUAACAGUGAGUGGGGUGUCUCACUUCCUCUUCCGUCUCUGGCUAAACUACUAUGCCAAGAGUUCCAAAGCUUUUGUCAAUGUUGCUACAAUAUUGUACUUAUGAUAUUGUACAUUGUUAUAAUUAUAAGCCAUCUCUAAUCUUCUCUGUCUGUCUCUGUCACCAGUGUGUCCUCUGGGUUGGAUGGGAUCCAGGAGCAGAACAUCUGUAAUAAGAUCAUGGCCAAGCUGAUCCAGAACUACAGCAGCAUAUUCAACAACAACCACCAAGAUGACGACCAUAUAGACGAUCACUGUGUCUUCAGUAGAGAUGGAGACAGAGGAGACCAUAUAGAAGAUCACUGUGUCUUCAAUAGAGAUGGAGACAGAGGAGAAUACAUAGAGGAAUCUCUACCUUCUAACAUCAUCAUUGUUAAAGUGAGUUACUGGUAUUAUACAUGUCUUUUAUACAAGUCUUCAUAUUGAUUUGGGCUACGUCUUCCCUAUCUAUCCCUAUGUGGGCUCUUGUCAAAAGUAGUACACUAUGUAGGGCAGUGGUUCCCAACCUCUUUCAGUUAUUGUACCAACAACUGAAUUUUGCUCUGCGGGGAGUACCUUGUUCAUUUUACCAGUUACCCUAUGGGCUCAUGAGUCUUCUCAAGUACCCCCUGUGGAUAGGCCAAGCACCGCCAGGGGUCCUAGUACGCCCUGUGGAUAGGCCAAGCACCGCCAGGGGUCCUAGUACCCCCUGUGGAUAGGCCAAGCACCGCCAGGGGUCCUAGUACCCCCUGUGGAUAGGCCAAGCACCGCCAGGGGUCCUAGUACCCCCUGUGGAUAGGCCAAGCACCGCCAGGGGUCCUAGUACCCCUGGUUGGGAACCACUGAUGUAGGUCAUAGGGUGCCAUUUUGGAACCAAUUUUUGGGGUACAUUUCCUUUGCCUGCAAGUGAUGUUAUACCCGUCUUUGAAUUGAUUUGGAGAGAUGCCAUCUCAGCCCCGACUCUUCCAGGGGAACAUCUUUGUUUUGAUGUUCUGUUCUUGCUAUCGAUCCAUAUUUAAUGAGUCUAGUCUAGACUACCCUUUGAUGUGUCUCAAGCACUUGAGGAGAAGAGAAAGCUGAGGAGAAGAAGACCAUAGAUAAUGGGACGAUAAGUCACGCUGUAAAAUAUAUUUAUUUACCUACUUUAAGAAUCCAUUCUUUUUGGGCAUUUUCACAAAACUUUAAGGAUUUCAUAAUUUCCCAGUUGUCAUUCCUGACUGGGGCCUGGACCCUUAGUGUCAGAAAGGGCCAAUAUUGGUCAGUGUAGAAAAUGCCCCUGGUGAGUUUGACCUGUUACAGUAUACCCCUAAUGCUGUUUUUAACCACAUCACUAUGGACUGACCAAGGGUCUGGUUACUCCAAUAACACUGUUACCCCAGACGUACUGUACAUGAGUAUUCAUAAAUGCUUUAUGUUAAGAGUAUGUGUCAAACAUACCUUCAUUCCAUAAAGUAGCACUUUAUCAUGAGUUCCAUUUUGAGUUUCUCAAUCACUUUCUGCAUCAAGGACAAAGUGGCCAUCUGGUCAGUCAGCCCUCAUAGGAAGUGCUGAGUGUAUUUAUCAUUGCAUGUUGUGUGUGUGGUGGCCUCACAUGAAAAGAUCUCUAGUUCUCUCCAGUGCCGUAAAUCCCUGUAGCAGUCAGGGGCCUCAGGGGGCCUUAGGGACCUCACAAAACCAGAGACCCCGGUUGGCUGCUGACCUGUAGGAUAUCCCUCCGCUUGACCAGCUGCUAUUGGGAUCUCCUUACACACACGCAGGGCUAUACCUCCUGAGGCUGCUUUUUGACCAUUGACCUCCCACUUGCCCCUCAUUGCUUUUCUCUGCACGUAGCCAUCGGUACAGGUGCUUCUGUCCUCUUACUGUAAGAGGGAGGGGGGCGUGAGUUGACAAUAGGGUUGUUUGAGUGGAGGUGUUGGGGUUAGAGGUUAGGGUCAGGCAGCACAGCACAUUUGACCUGUCUCAUCUGUUCUGGACACUGUUGUUAGGGAGGUAGAACACGCUGUUGUUAGGGAGGUAGAACACACUGUUGUUAGGGAGGUAGAACACACACUGCUAUGAGACUUGUUAAUCACUCUGGGAAGUCAGAAGACAUUUUUACAUUGUCAAAUGAUUUUCACUCUCCAAUUCCUACCCUUGGCCACAACAGAAGUGUUUAUCUAAAGUCUGUUCUGGAAUGUAUCGCUGGCAUGAUAUUUCACACCAUUAGAUGAGGAAAUGGCGUACCUUCAAUUACAAAGGAAUAAAAGCCAACAGUAACUCAUCUGCUUCACUGGACCUGCCACUGGUUAAUAGGAUGAUUGUGUGUGAAGAAUAUAUUUUUGUCUUUUUCUCAGGAGGUCAAGGAGACCGCAGUGAAUAGGACAGAUACUGAGUCACCGAAAACACCCAGAACCACAUCAAGAACACCAAGCACUCCCACACACACUCAAAAGACACCGAUUCCAGUUCCCAGAAAGAAAGAGGUGUGUGAGUGUAUGUGAGUGUGUAUGAGUGUGUGUGAGUAUAUAUGAGUGUGUGUGUGUGAGUGCGUUUUUUGUGUGCCCCUGCCAUGGAAAACAAUGCUUAGGUGUCUCUAUGGGGGGUACGUGCUGCCUGCCUAGUGCACACUUGUUUUAGUUUGCGUGUGUGGACCUGCCAUGGAACACAGUGUUUAGGUCACAGGAGGUUGGUGGCACCUUCAUUGGGGAGGAAGGGCUCGCAGAAUGGCGUGGAAUGGCAUCAAAUACAUUAAACACAUGGUUUGAUGCCAUUCCAUUGGUUCCGUUCCAGACAUUUCUAUGAGCCGUUGUCCCCUCAGUAGCCUCCACUGGUUUAGGUUUGUGUUAGUGCCCUAUGUACACAUGUAGGAUUCUCAGUGUUAACCUGCAUGAACUACGUCUCUUAGAACUCCCCAACAGUGUACCUUUAACUAAGAAUUCCCUAACAGAGUACUUUUAACUAAGAAUUUCCCAACAGAGUAGAAUUCCCCUUACAGAGUACUUUUAACACCAACCAUGUGGUCACAUGAAGUAGUCAAUUAGACAUGGUUUUGAAAAGUAAAAAGGAACAUCUUUCGUCACACCUAUGCAUGUACGUGCAAGUCCCUGCAUCAUAUAUUCAUAGGGAUAGUUUCAGCUGUGAUACAGUGUCUUAGGAAAGCAUUCAGACCCCUUGACAUUUUCCACAUUUUGUUAAGUUACAGCCUUAUUCUAAAAUUGAUUAAAUUGUUUUUUUUUCCCUCAUCAGUCUAAACACAAUACGCCAUAAUGAAAAAGCAAAAACAGAUUUUUUGUAUUUUUUACUAAUUUAUAAUAAUAAAAUAAAACUGAAAUAUCACAUUUACAUAAGUAUUCAGGCCCUUUACUCAAUACUUUGUUGAAGCACCUUUGGCAGCGAUUACAGCAUCGAGUCGUCUUGGGUAUGACACUACAAGGUUGGCACACCGGUAUUUGGGGAGUUUCUCCCAUUCUUCUCUCCAGAUCCUCUCAAGCUCUGUCAGGUUGGAUGAGGAGUGUUCCUGCCCAGCUAUUUUCAGGUCUCUCCAUAGAUGUUAGAUCGGGUUCAAGUCCAGGCUCUGGCUGGGCCACUCAAGGACAUUCAGAGACUUGUCCCGAAGCCACUCCUGCGUUGUCUUGGCUGUGUGCUUAGGGUCGUUGUCCUUUUAGAAGGUGAACCUUUGCCCCAGUCUGAGGUCCUAAGCGCUCUGGAGCAGGUUUUCAUCAAGGAUCUCUCUGUACUUUGCUCCGUUCAUCUUUUCCUCGAUCCUGACUAGUCUCCCAGUCCCUGCCGCUGAAAAACAUCCCCACAGCAUAAUGCUGCCACCAUCAUGCUUCACCGUAGGGUUGGUGCCAGGUUUCCUCCAGACGUGACGCUUGGCAUUCAGGCCAAAGAGUUCAAUCUUGGUUUCAUCAGACCAGAGAGUCUUUAGGUGCCUUUUGGCAAACUCCAAGCGGGCUGUCAUGUGCCUUUUACUGAGGAGUGGCUUCCGUCUGGCCACUCUACCAUAAAGGCCUGAUUGGUGGAGUGCUGCAGAGAUGGUUGUCCUUCUGGAAGGUUCUCCCAUCUCUACAGAGGAACUCUAGAGCUCUGUCACAGUGACCAUCGGGUUCUUGGUCACCUUCCUGACCAAGGCCCUUCUCCCCCGAUUGCUCAGUUUGGCCGGGUGGCCAGCUCUAGGAAGAGUCUUGGUGGUUCCAAACUUGGAGACCACUGUGAUCUUGGGGACCUUCAUUGUUGCAGACAUUUUUUGGUACCCUUCCCCAGAUCUGUGCCUCAACACAAUCCUAUCUCGGAGCUCUGUGGACAAUUCCUUCGACCUCAUGGCUUGGUUUUUGCUCUGACAUGCACUGUCAACUGCGGGACCUUAUAUAGACAGGUGUGUGCCUUUCCGAAUCAUGUUCAAUCAAUUACAUUUACCACAGGUGGACUCCAAUCAAGUUGUAGAAACAUCUCAAGGAUGAUCACUGGAAAAAAGAUGCACCUGAGCUCAAUUUCAAGUCUCAUAGCAAAGGGUUUGAAUACUAAUAAUAUAUUUAAAUAAGGUAUUUCUGUUUUAAACAUUUGAUAAAUUAGCAAACAUUUCUAAAAACCUGUUUUCGCUUUGUCAUUAUGGGGUAUUGUGUGUAAAUUUUUAAAAAUCAAUUUUAGAAUAAGGCUGUAACAUAACAAAAUGUGGAAAAAGUCAAGGGGUCUGAAUACUUUCCGAAGGCACUGAACAUGCUAUUCCAGGUCAACACGUGAGGAUACUACAGAUAUGUUAUUCAAUGUACUAUAUGUUGACACGACUGAUAAACAGCUAUGAGUGAUCAUUGUGUAUUGCAGCGAUCAUCCUGUAUUCACAAAGUCAUAUUGCAGUUGAGCAAUUGGGCUAAUCCUAACCCAUAGUUAUAUUGUUAGGAGCCGAUAUGCCCCGUCAGUCACAAAUGCACUGUGAUAUGCCUUGGUGGAUUGACGAUCGUUAGCUAUUGACAGAAAAAUACAUGAUGUUAUAUGAAUUAUAUGAUAUGUACAUUGUCAUUCCUCCUUUAUGUUUUCAGGCUGCAUCCAACAGUCCAGCAGAGAACACUGAGCCAUCAAAAGAACUAUCCAAUGAAAACCCAAUCAUAACCCCAAGGAAACAGAAGGUACAGUGAAUAAAUUAAAAUAUUGACUUGUUCUCUCUGAACAACAUGAACAAUGUUUAUUUGAUUGCCUUAAGAUUGCCCUAUCCUGAAAUAGACAUCUAAUCCUGAUAAUUGCACCGUAACCAUGGCAAUACAGACAUGUGUUAUCGGUUAUUUCUCAAAUAUGGUGGGUUAGCUCUGGUUCAGAGUAGGAGUGCUGAUCUAGGAUCAGGUCCCCAUCUGUCCAUAUAAACUUAUUCAUUUCUGAUCUAAAAGGCUAAACUGAUCCUAGAUCAGUACUCCUACUCUAAGAGGCUUUGUGGAUACGGGCCUGAUGCCACAAACUACCUAAUGUUGUCAAUGUUGUUGUGGCUGUAUUUGUAUCUCCCCUAAACACACACACAUACACGCCUGUACACAUGCACAAUAACAAACACAAACAUAAACACGCAGUGUCCAGAGGCAUAUACUACAAAGCAAGAUCAAUGAGUUAGCCAGCUAACUUUGAUAAACAACCAGAAAUAACAAUUGAUUUUCUGGUGCAUUAGAAAGUUCUACUUAGAUAUGCGUUUUUGGUUGUUGAGCCAAUUAGACCAUGCCCAUUUGAAGUCUAUCUUUAAAAAAAUAAAGAAAUAAGUUAUUUCAGAAUAUUUAGGCAAGUUAGCUGGCUAACUCAUUGACCCUUCUUUGUAGUAUACCCCUCAGGGGUCACUCGUGGGCAAGGACGGCUCUAGCCUUUUAGGGGCCCUAAGCGAGAUUUGGUUGCCCCCCUAAGUGGGCAAAACAUUUUAGUGGGCCCCAUCUUGACAGCGGAAAGAAUACAUUUACGUUAUAAAGUAGAUUUUUGGCAAUUCUACACAUUUUGCCAUGGGACGUAGAGGAAAUGUUGCAGUUUUAAAGCAAGUUUUCUGCAGUUCUCAUCAUUUCUGGGCAAAGAGACAUUUUUGACAUUUCUUAACACAUUUCAUACAAUUCUACUCAUUUUGCCAUGACUUAUGCCAUGUUAAUGAUAUGAGUGAGAGUGACUAACAAAAUCAAUGGGGGCCCGCUGGAGGUGGGGGCCCCUAGGCGGGUGCCCUGUGUGCCCGGGCGGUAUUCGGCCAUGAUUACUGCAAGUUUAGAUAACUGGCUAGACUAACUUACCAAUCUAAAAAAUGUUAGCUGACAUGGCUAAUUGAGUGACUGCUGAUGCACAACCAAAUGUCAAACUUGCACCUUGUGUUUUCUAACUCUCAACAGUAAGUUGAGAACCCAACUGAUUUUUGUGAAGGUCGGACUGCUUAUGCCUGGAGCCGGUCCUGGUCGUGGGCUUCUGAUAGUGAUAGCUCUGAUCAAGCCACUCGCUCACAUGACUUGAUUUGAUAAGGUAAACCAGUGGGAGGAAGCCAGCUGAGCCACAACACAACAACAAUCAAGCUAAUUCACAAUGACACACAGGAGCUACGCUGGCUAUAUGCCCUUCCUGUGGAAUUAUGAUGCAGACAGCCGAAUAGCCUUCACCAACCGACUUCCGUUCUUAAGUAUUCAUUUGAAUUAAUAAAAUUGCAGCCCUUGACUAAGAAUGGAAUUAAAUUCUAAUUCUAUUGUUGUGACUCAUAGACCUACAUACACUAGCUGAAUGUAUUGUUUGUCUAAGGCUAUAAAAGAGUUUAGCAGUUAGCCCAUAGGAUAUUAUUUAAUAUCCGGACAGAAGCCAGAGAAGAGAUUGAGAAAUGCUGAUUGAGCUAACAAUGGGAUUGUUUUCCCUGCAGAGUCCCCAGGACGCAUGUGGCUCAGUUGGUAGAGCAUGGCACUUGCAGUGACAGGAUAGUGGGUUCAAUUCCCACGGGGGACCAGUGUGAAAAAAGUAUGAAAAUGUAUGCACUCACUACUGUAAGUCGCUCUGGAUAAGAGCAUCUGCUAAAUGACUAAAAUAUAAUAUAAAAUGAGUCAAUAAAAUCACAGAGCCUGUGCAUUAGGCUCAUAUUUAGCAUCGCUAGCAUUAUCUAAUCUAGCGUACUACUUUGUUGUUGCUCCUUGGUAGUUUUGUUGUUGAGGAGCCACACAGACAAACACGUUUGUUUUGUUUGCUUGUUCAUUUGAUUUUGAGCCAUUUCAGUGAAGUUAGCUUUGAUAGCGUUCCAGGAAAUGUUAGAAAGCCAGUUGACAAUUGAAAUACUAUGGCCCUGGAUAAAACAAAAUAUGUUAAUAUCAAUUGUAAUUCAAGUGAUAACACUAAAUAUAACAUUUCCAGGGCAUUUAGGGCUUAUCUCCCGAGUGGCGCAGUGGUCUAAGGCACUGCAGCACAGUGCUAGCUGUGCCACUAGAGAUCCUGGUUCGAAUCCAGGCUCUGUCGUAGCCGGCUGCGACCGGGAGACCCAUGGGGCGGCACGCAAUUGGCCCAGGGUAGGGGAGGGAAUGGCCGGCAGGGAUGUAGCUCAGUUGAUAGAGCAUGGUGUUUGCAACGCCAGGGUUGUGGGUUCGUUUCCCACAGGGGGUAUGAAAGAAAUAAAUAAUAAUGUAUGCACUGUAAGUCGCUCUGGAUAAGAGCGUCUGCUAAAUGACUAAAAUGUAAUUUAGAAUGGAUUUUUCCAUGUUGAUGGAAAAUGAAAGAACUCCCCUUUAAUUUCAUGUUGAUGGAAAAUGAAAGGAACUCCACUUUAAUUUCAUGUUGAUGGAAAAUGAAAGGAAUUUACCUUUAAUUUCAUGUUGAUGGAAAAUGAAAGGAACUCCCCUUUUAAUUUCAUGUUGAUGGAAAAUGAAAGGAACUCCCCUUUAAUUUCAUGUUGAUGGGAAAUUAAGGGAAUUUACCUUUAAUUUCAUGUUGAUGCAGCCACAUAAACCUGACUUCCCACUACAUAAUAAAAACAGUUAUAUCCUGUGAUUUACCAUGGGGUUCCUUAUAAAUGGCUUCCUUAUAAAUGAGCAAGGUUAGUAGAAUAGUUUUAUAGCCAUAUACGGUAUACUGUAAUGUAAUCUGCAGCCUAAUAAAAUCAAAGCAUUCUUAUCGGGGAUAUUUACCCAUGAUGGCCUUGGAUGACAGUCUUGUUUAAAUAUAUAACCCAACAAAGAUAUGGCGUGUAGAUAAGUUGGCUACCUGGCUUGCUAAUUGGACUUUAUGGUGGGAGGGGGAACUAUAGUUGAAAAGCCGUAAGUACUGUUCUUCUGCUGAUAGUCGUUCAGAUGGGUUGAUUGUGCAGGAAGCACACACUCACACACACAUUUGGGGCCUUAGUGUGACAUUGUAGUUUGGCAUGUCUAUGUAAAUCUGUUGCGUGCAACUGAGAGGGGCUGUGACAUUGCAAUCGAUUAAUCACAUUUUUGUGUUUCCAUUUGGCAUAAAUUAGGCUCAGUUUCAAUGUAUUUAUAGCUCUGUAGAGCCUGGCUUAUCUGUCGAGGCUCUGGUCUAUUGUCGGGAAAUGUGAGAUGAGUAAUUGCCACCAUCGAUCAGAGGGCCCUAAAGAUGUUUAUGAUGUAUUCUAUCUGAACUUGUUCACCUGUUGUUGUAUGUGCCACAUUACCCAACACAGUGAACACUCCUGUAGUGAGUUCAAGUGACUUUCCCCAUUUUAGCUGGGACUUUCUCAGCUAAAAAAAGUCCAUGAUGACAUUAUCAUUCAACUGCUGUAGUCUACGUUCCUUGUGCUCUUAUUUAUAUUUACAUUUCAAAACUUAAGCAAACAUUCUGUUGUUAUGGUAACAGCGGUAUUGGAAUUUUAAUGUCACACCUUUUCCGGUAUUUAAGUGAAAGUGUUUUUGCUGCAGUAAAUAAUAGCUUGUGUUUUUGGAUCAUUGUGUUGUGGUGAGAAUCUCAGCCAAGUGAGUGUUGUUCUUCACAAGGCCUACAACACAUUAACAGGUAUGUCUCUCAUUCCAAAAAAGAGGUCAGACAACUGAUCUGUCAACACCUCUGCCUCUACAACUAAAGGUAGUGUUGGUGAUUUGGAAGCCAUGUUUUCACAGGUGGUUGUGAAUGGUUGUGAAUGACUCAAGAACGGUUGUUGGUAUUUCCUUUGGUAGUCUUUUUUUGGAUUUUUGAUCCAACUUACUAUUUUCAUUAUUUUCAAAUGAGGUCACCUCCUCUUUGGUCAAUUGGACAAUAAGAAACUGUUUAGCCUAAAAACGAUUUCCUUCAUGUUGUCUGUCAUUAACACAUUGUCGUACUGCCAGUUCGUCCUUCUUGGUGACAGAAUGGUGUUUAGUUACCCAUAGUUCUCCUGUUCGGCCACUUCCUGUCAUCACCAGUGUUGGAGUCGUUACAAAAAAAAUAAGUAAUAUAUUCGCUAUUACUCGUUACUUCUUUCAACAAUAACAAAUUACUUAUUACUCCCUGGAAAAAGUCAUUAGUUACACUACUCGUUAUAUUGCUUUUGCGUUACACCCCAAAACGUUGCGCGUCCUCACGCAAUGUAAACCAGGUCAAUGUUACGUUGGCCUAUACACCUACACAAGUCUACACAAAAAUCAUGCCUUGUUGGUUUGGAUGAGGUAGACCUACAGUCAUCUUCAGCAGCAGUGGUCAGGUCUCAGGGGGUCUUUCGCUACGAGUUUUGUGUUGGCGUGUUGCCUUUGCAGGUGCUUUAAGAGAUGGAAGUCGUGUUUCUAGCAGUGGAGAGGUCAUCACCCCCCCCCCUCUGGUGUCCUGGAUGCACCGCCCCCCACAUUAAGCCAAAUACAUCACUUAACUCCCGACAUCUGUCGUUGAAGCGCAAAAUCUAGUCCCUUAGGCUUAGAAGCUUUUCAAACUGUUCUGUAAUGGAAAAACAUGAACUACUAGACCUUUUCCAUGGUUCUCCUAGUAGCAGAGAACCAACGAUUCCAGCCCUGACUGGAUAUUCCAUUGAUAAACAUGGCUCACUGAAAAAGUACUUCCGUUCUUCAUCAUUAAAUGGUUUAGCAUUGGCUUUUGUCCAGAGCCAAACCCUGUCGUGAUUGGUUAGUGUGCCUUUGAUCAAUAGUUGAGCUGUAGGCUUCAGACCCAUUAGGCUACGAAACAGUGGACUGCUAACAUUUGAUAAACUUCACGUUUCUCAUUCACACUUUUCUCUUACCCCCAAAUACACACCUCUCAGUUAUAUGCGUUAGAUGUAGCUAGUGUACCCCUGUAGAACUGAAACUCAGUAUAGCCUACUAGUGAACACACCGUCGAUAUGAAGAAAGGUCGGUGUGACAUAGCAGUGGUACGGAUGAGGUUCUUUAGGUACACCGUAGACACGACAGGCUACCGUCAGCUAUACCCCCUAGGAGUCAGCACGGUAAGAGCAAGAGGAGUUCACCCCUUUUCAUUUCCACAGGGUCGUAUUCAUUAGGCAUGAAACGGACGCAAACAGGCCGAAAUGGGAACGUACUCUCUGAACUUUUCCAAUAAGCUCGCGUUUUGCAUUGAACGCCGUUUUGAAAUGUUUCGCUACGGAGUGCCCAAAUGAACACGACACAGUUUAAGGCUAACCUUCCCCCUUCAUUUGUUGUUCUUUUAUAAGCCAACCUCCAUGUCUCUACUGCCCAUAGCCUAUCCUCCAAUGGAUGUUUUAUACUGUAGUAGCCUGACUAAAGGUCAACACGGCUGAUCUGAUUGCCUCUGUGACAGUGUGCUGAGGAAGGGAUCAUUUCCAUCUCUGGCUCUACACACGGGACUCUAGUGUUACAGGGCGUCCACCCGCCUCACCAGUCCUUCAUUCUCCUUCUCGCUUUCCACAGGUGAGGAAAGUAAAGCGCGAGACAGCGACGGUGCUCCGAGCCGUGCCCCUUCCCAGUCUCUCUCCUGGGCUGCCCCAUGUGAGGCCCCUGCCCCUGGUCCUACCUGUUCCCCUGGCCCCGGAGGUGAGGAGCCCCAGCCCUGAGAGGAUGGAGCAGACCCCACCGGGGGCCCCACAGGACGUCAGCGCGGUCAAGACCAUGGAAACCCUGAACAGGUCAGUGUGUAGUGUAAUAACAGACUGUUAUUUUGGGGCUGUUUGGUGGAGAGUUACAAAUAGGUAGUCUUUAACAGGUUAGUAGUUCAUGAUGUUUGUAUUCAUUCAGGAGCACAAUAGGAUGUCUGAGAUUCCACUAAUGUGAAACCUUAUUAAGAGAGUGGGAUGAGUUAAGAGAUACAUACUAGUAACCCUGUGUUAUAACACAGUAUGAGAGACUAGUUGUAGAUAUCAUAUGACCACUGUUUGCAUUGGUGAGACAUUCCCAUCAUUGUAGGGUGAUUGUGCGGAACUCAGAACAGCCAGAUGCCAUUUGGGAUCUAAAGAGCCGGGAGCCGGCCCUGGUCGCGAAGGCCCCUGUGGCAUCCAUAUGGCAUCUAAACAUAUUUAUUAUAAGUUAGCUGAAACUGGACCCUGUGCGGAUCAAGUGUCCCCUGUCUGGGAAUAGCAUGUCUGCAAAAUAACGUGUACAACUGUGUUGGUUGGUUGUUGAGGCCUCCUUAGGGUUGAUGUCAGCAUUAGCCUAGCGCUAGCUAGCACACCCGGUGUUCAGUUGCUGGUAAACAAGAUAGCGUUGUCCUCAGUGCAUGGCAUGCAGUCACUAUGAUGUAAGAUUUCAGAUGGAGCUUUUGUCCGUGGAGGGCUUAGUCAAUCAAUCAAUCAAUCAAACAAUAAGCUUUCUGCAGGUAGUUGUUCAUGGAAAAUACAAAAUAUUAGUCUGGUCAUAUUGGGCAUGCAUAAAAUCAAGUUUGUUUUACUAGGAAUUGCUAAUAAUGGGGAUCCUAAUAAAAUACCAAAUACCAAAUUACAUGUUUAUUCACAAUUAAUAAAUGUCUCAGUGGAAACUAGUAACUGCUGAAUACAGGCCUCGUGUUGUGUGGUGUUACUUGGAAGAGGACCUCUGAUACAGGGCUUGUAAGCUAAAUAAAUGUUCUCACUAGAUAUUCAAUACUAAGUAUCAACGAGGAAUAUGUAAGCAGAGCUUGUCUCGCAGGAGCAAAUAGAACAAGUUUGCUAAGCAAACAAAAUAGUAUGAACAAGCCAACGGAUGGUAAACUGAACAGAGAUACGAGGCUGUAUUAUGUUACAGCUUGUGUUGUACAGCUCUCUAGUUGGUGCAUGUACUGGAUACAAACACACGUGUGCAUGCACACAGUUUUUAAUAUUUUACUGCCUUUAAAUAGAUAAGAUAACAGGGUCUAAAAACAACUUAAAAUAAAGCCUGAUACUGUCUUUAAUAACAGGCAUUAUGAGUGCCUGGCCAUACCCCCAAUACUCCUUAAAAUGUUUGACAGAUAAUCUAUAACAAAUCAACACCAUUCCUGUUUAGGUUGUAAAAGGGGACUUUCUAGAGGGCUUUAUAUGUUUAUUAUUAUUACUAUUAUUAUUAUUAUUACUAUUAUUAUUAUUAUUAUUAUUUCAUAGUUAUUAUUACUUUAUUGUUAUUAGACAGUAAUUGCCAUAUUAUUAUUGUUACUAAGUAUUGUUUGUUUUUAGUUCAUUUUCAUUUGGACAUCUCAAGAGAUUUCAUCCUGCAAAAAGUCAAAUAAAUAAAUAUCAUUACCUAAUUACCCCUAGCAAUAGCAACAGGUGCUUUCCCAUUGAGUGGCAACAGCUUUCCUCGCCAUGCACUUCACAGGGACAGUAAAUCUAUCAGAGGAUCAUUCUGACACCUUCAAAAUCCCCUCAUCGGGGGUAUCGGGUGGCCGAUUUGGGGAUCAGGUGACAGGGGGACCCUCGUAGCCUGCAUAACCAACCCUGUCUCUUGUUGGGAUGCUAAUAGGCUAGUGGCUAGGCUAAUAGCUGACUGGUACAGUGUUGCUAUUGCGGCUGCCACAUGAUGUGAUGGACCUUUAGCUAAAGUUCAGCAGACGGGUGUAGCUAGCGAAGGAUUGCCAGACCUAUUUGGAAACGCAUACUUCAACCCAAAGCCUACUUACUAGUUGCCUCAUGUUUUCAAUGGAGUAUAGGAUGGCAAACAUGGGGCAUAAACUAUGUACAAAAACUGGAACUGGUUGGGGGGCUUUAUUAUUAGUUACAGUGGGGAGAACAAGUAUUUGAUACACUGCCGAUUUUGCAGGUUUUCCUACUUACAAAGCAUGUAGAGGUCUGUAAUUUUUAUCAUAGGUACACUUCAACUGUGAGGGACGGAAUCUAAAACAAAAAUCCAGAAAAUCACAUUGUAUGAUUUUUAAGUAAUUCAUUUGCAUUUUAUUGCAUGACAUAAGUAUUUGAUCACUUACCAACCAGUAAGAAUUCCGGCUCUCACAGACCUGUUUGUUUUUCUUUAAGAAGCCCUCCUGUUCUCCACUCAUUACCUGUAUUAACUGCACCUGUUUGAACUCGUUACCUGUAUAAAAGACACCUGUCCACACUCAAUCAAACAGACUCCAACCUCUCCACAAUGGCCAAGACCAGAGAGCUGUGUAAGGACAUCCGGGAUAAAAUUGUAGAAAUGCACAAGGCUGGGAUGGGCUACAGGACAAUAGGCAAGCAGCUUGGUGAGAAGGCAACAACUGUUGGCGCAAUUAUUAGAAAAUGGAAGAAGUUCAAGAUGACGGUCAAUCACCCUCGGUCUGGGGCUCCAUGCAAGAUCUCACCUCGUGGGGCAUCAAUGAUCAUGAGGAAGGUGAGGGAUCAGCCCAGAACUACACGGCAGGACCUGGUCAAUGACCUGAAGAGAGCUGGGACCACAGUCUCAAAGAAAACCAUUAGUAACACACUACGCCGUCAUGGAUUAAAAUCCUGCAGCGCACGCAAGGUCCCCCUGCUCAAGCCAGCGCAUGUCCAGGCCCGUCUGAAGUUUGCCAAUGACCAUCUGGAUGAUCCAGAGGAGGAAUGGGAGAAGGCCAUGUGGUCUGAUGAGACAAAAAUAGAGCUUUUUGGUCUAAACUCCACUCGCCGUGUUUGGAGGAAGAAGAAGGAUGAGUACAACCCCAAGAUCACCAUCCCAACCGUGAAGCAUGGAGGUGGAAACAUCAUUCUUUGGGGAUGCUUUUCUGCAAAGGGGACAGUACGACUGCACCGUAUUGAGGGGAGGAUGGAUGGGGCCAUGUAUCGCGAGAUCUUGGCCAACAACCUCCUUCCCUCAGUAAGAGCAUUGAAGAUGGGUGGUGGCUGGGUCUUCCAGCAUGACAACGACCCGAAACACACAGCCAGGGCAACUAAGGAGUGGCUCCGUAAGAAGCAUCUCAAGGUCCUGGAGUGGCCUAGCCAGUCUCCAGACCUGAAUCCAAUAGAAAAUCAGAUAGAGGGAGCUGAAAGUCCGUAUUGCUCAGCGACAGCCCCGAAACCUGAAGGAUCUGGAGAAGGUCUGUAUGGAGGAGUGGGCCAAAAUCCCUGCUGCAGUGUGUGCAAACCUGGUCAAGACCUACAGGAAACGUAAAUGUAAAUGUAAAUAUGAUCUCUGUAAUUGCAAACAAAGGUUUCUGUACCAAAUAUUAAGUUCUGCUUUUCUGAUGUAUCAAAUACGUAUGUCAUGCAAUCAAAUGCAAAUUAAUUACUUAAAAAUCAUACAAUGUGAUUUUCUGGAUUUUUGUUUUAGAUUCCGUCUCUCACAGUUGAAGUGUACCUAUGAUAAAAAUUACAGACCUCUACAUGCUUUGUAAGUAGGAAAACCUGCAAAAUCGGCAGUGUAUCAAAUACUUGUUCUCCCCACUGUAUAUUUCAACCUGAUUUGUAUAUAAAUACAUGUGCAAUUAAGCUGUUGAAGUAGCCUAGUUUUCAUAGUCAGUCACCCGUCAAUGACUGCAUUGCUGUGACUGAUUUUAACUUGCCCUUCUGUAGCCUCUGAGAUAUGAAAGCCAAUAUAGAGAGGUUUGUAACUUUACACACAGCAAAUAUUCAAUCAACUUCCCAUUAGUAAGGUCUGGAGGUUUCGUGCCUCCCUCUACUCUUAUGCUUACUUGUCAGCUUGCUCUUACUUUCCAUGGGUAUGUGUCAGACUAGUACCUGAGUCAGUACAGCAUCCAGCACUAAGCAGGAACAAACUGGAUCAAACUGGAUUACAACUGAGAGAUGGGUAGAAUACUAGUGGUGUUGAACUGCAUUUGGUUAAAUAUUGAACUGUGAGAACUAGGCCAAUGGAAGACAAUUCAAAGUGUGAAUUUAUGAUGGGAUAAUUUCAUUGGCCAUAAGUAUAGUUCAAGCCAAGGCUAAAUAUGUGUGUACGCAGGGUUCAAAACAGUGUCAACUGUGAUGGCAUCAGUAACCUAAACUGUUGUUCAUUUAUUUCAUGUAUUUUUCAUACAUAAAUAAACAGAAAAAUUGAUGGUCUGGUUCAGAGUGACAUGUUUUCCACUAGAAUCGGCUGUCACUGGUUUCCUGGGUUUCUCCCACCUUCUGGGGUCAGGGGUCAGAUUUCUCUGGGGUCAAAUGGUAACCCCUGGGCUGGGAUAUCCCCAAUUGGCCCCUCCUCUACUCCUUUGUCGUCGCUCUACUUCUGUUUUUCAUCUUUCUAUGCUAGUCUUUAUCAGAUAUCCCCAUAUAAAAUAACUACAAUUAUACAUUUUCCAUCAUUUGAUUCAGAUGAUUAAUCUGCAUUUCUCUGUGCUACGUUUUCCACAUGUCAACUUAGAUGACCGGCAUAUAAGCCGGUUUUGAGCCAUGAAUAAGGGCUCCAUUUUCCAUGUCUGCCUCUCACCGGACUGGAAAAUACCAGUUUGCCGGUGGCACUGCUAUGCGAACUCCACAUGUGCAUGUUUAACAUUGAACCUGCCUGCAUUUCUACAAACUGGCCCCAGAUCAUCAAGUCUCAUUGAGAGUAGACUACAGUGGGUUUCCUAGGAUAUUAUAUAGAGGAAUUGCAUCAUCAGAUCAACUCGUUGUAACACUAGGAGACUGUGAGUGUGAAGAAAUGUUUGCCCACUGUCUGUGCACGGUUUAGACAUUGAUCCUGUCUAUGGAUGCUUCAUCAUUACAAAGACUCCUAUCAAUUCAUGCUCAUAUCUCAAAUCAGAAGCACAAGCCAGCAUAGUAAAGGCAUGUGAACCUAUUAGCUACUCCAGUCGCAUAUAUUUAUAUGAUACAUUGGAGUCAUUUAGCGGACGCAUUUAUCCAGAGCGACUUACAGGAGCAAUUAUGGUUAAGUGCCUUGCUCAAGAGCACAUAGACAGAUUUCUUCCCACUAGUUGGCUCUGGGAUUCGAACCAGCUGCCUUUCGGUUACAGGCCGAAUGCUCUUAACCGCUAGGCUACCUUCCACAUCACAUAGGCACUCAUAGGGUCUCUUCUAGAUACAGGCUACAUGCACAUAAUGGUUGUUGUAUGUAGUUGCCAUGGUUCACUUACUUUUGUGACAUAACCCGUUGUCUUUCUUAGAAAGAAACCCAUUGAAAGCGGGUUGGGAUGUGUGUGGGUGUGUGUGUGUGUUGGGUGAGGAACGUAACGGUGUGGUGUGAGUGUCAGACACUCUGGGGAGGUUAUUGUUGGCCAACCAUCAGUCGGAUCCAACACGUCUGCUUGGAUUUAAGGUGGGAAAACCCUAGUAGCUGGCCCAGACCAGUCAUCACCAACUCUAACCUAUAGGAUAUGUCUAAAAUGAUUCCCAUCUGCAGAAAGAGAGAGAGAGGAUAUCAAUUUUGAUCCAACUUGGCAAACAGGUGUCAUUGACUCCUGAGCGGCCAAUAGGAAAGGAGGGUCAGAGACUUGGCUUGAAUGUUAUUGGCUCCUGAACUGGACAAUAGGUGAGGAGGGGGGGUUCGGAAAAUUGGCUUGAACGGAUAGGAAGAGAUGAUACUGCAAUGGCACUAGUCAAGAAGACGUUAGUUGCCAUGGUUUCUGACAUGUUUGACUACCAAGUCUGUCAUUGACCCUUCGAUCUCAAAAGGCCCAUCUGUAGAUGUGACAGACAUUUUCUGCCAUUAUAAGUGGCCUAUCAGCUGGUGUUUUGGUGUUGACUAAUAGAUAUGUACACUGAACAAAAAUAUAAACGCAACAUGGAAAGUGUUGGUCCAAUGUUUCAUGAGCUGAAAUGAAAGAUCCCAGAAAUUUGUCAUAUGCACAAAAAGCUUAUUUCUCUCAGAUUUUGUGCACAAAUUUGUUUACAUCCCUGUUAGUGAGCAUUUCUCCUUUGCCAAGAUAAUCCACCUGACAGGUGUGGCAUAUCAACAAUUUGCAUGUUGACUGCAGAAAUGUCCACCAGAGCUGUUGCCAGAGAAUUGAAUGUUCAUUUCUCUACCAUAAGCCGCCUCCAACGUCAUUUUAGAGAAUUUGGCAGUACGUCCAAACAGACUCACAACCGCAGACCACGUGUAUCCACGGCUAGCCCAGGACCGCCACAUCCGGCUUCUUCACCUGUGGGGUCGUCUGAGACCAGCCACCCGGACAGCUGAUCAAACUGUGGGUUUGCACAACCGAAGAAUUUCUGCACAAACUGUCAGAAACCGUCUCAGGGAAGCUCAUCUGCGUGCUCGUCGUCCUCACCAGGUUCUUGACCUGACUGCAGUUCGGCUCGUAACCGACUUCAGUGGGCAAAUGCUCACCUUCGAUGGUCAUUGGCACGCUGGAGAAGUGUUCUCUUCACAGAUUAGUCCCGGUUUCAACUGUACCGGGCAGAUGGCAGACAGCGUGUAUGGCUUCAUGUGGCUGAGCGGUUUGCUGAUGUCAACGUUGUGAACAGAGUGCCUCAUGGUGGCGGGGUAAUGGAUUGGGCAGACAUAAGCUACGGACAAAAAACACAAUUGCAUUUUAUAGAUGGGAAUUUGAAUGCACAGAGAUACUGUGACGAGAUCUUGAGGCCCAUUGUCAUGCCAUUCAUGUUUCAGCAUGAUAAUGCACGGCACCAUAUCGCAAUGAUCUGUACACAAUUCCUGAAAGCUGAAAAUGUCCCACCAAUAUCCAGCAACUUCGCACAGCCGUUGAAGAGGAGUGGGACAACAUUCCACAGGCCACAAUCAACAGCCUGAUCAACUCUAUGCGAAGGAGAUGUGUCGCGCUUCAUGAGGCAAAUGGUGGUCACACCAGAUACUGACUGGUUUUCUGAUCCAAGCACUUACCUUUUUUUUAAGGUAUCUCUGACCAACAGAUGCAUAGCUGUAUUCCUUUCAUGUGAAAUCCAUAGAUUAGGGCCUAAUGAAUUUAUUUCAAUUGACUGAUUUCCUUAUAUCAACUGUGACUCAGUAAAAUCUUUCAAAUUGUUGCAUGUUGUAUUUAUAUUCUAGUUCAGUGUAGGAGGAAGUCGCCAUGUUCACGCUGCCAUGGUGGUUUAACCCCAUUGACCUGUUGGUUUAUGGCCAUAAUGUCAACGUAAAGAGCUGACACUGGUCAACCACAGUACAACUACAGGUCAAUGGGGUUAAACCUUUUAUUACGCUAGAAUUAUGCUAGAAAUGCAUUGCUUAUCGAAAACUGUUUUACUGGUUGAGAAGGAAAGCUUCCUACUCCACUGUGUGUGGACCAACCAUAUUGCUCAUUCACAAUUGGCUACUUUUCUCUCCACAGUUCCUGCAUGUUCCCCCAUUGACCCUUUGGCAAAAAUGUCAUAAUCUCUGAAGCGUGGUGGCUUUAUGGUAGCCUUCCCCUAACACCUUUGUCUAUGGUGGAAUGUACCGUCUGUAACUUGGGUUAUGAGAGUGUAUACCAAGAGGGGCUCAAGUAGGCUUAACCGGCCCAAGCCUUUCAGGUUCGGUACACUGCAGGCUCUAUUCUCCAAAUAUUCUAAGAAUGGACCAUGAAGCAGGCUAUGAUUGAUCCUCCUUAUUAAAGCAGUGUGGAAGAGGCCUGGUGGACACAGAGGAGAAGGGGGAGGGGGGCUGGAACACUGACCUCCAAUCAGGAGAACCUAUACUCCAGCAAGAUCCUCCUAUUGGACAUGGAGUCACCUGGACUGGAACCCAAACUGAAUAUUUCUCAGUUUCAACCAAAGUUUAGAUUCCAGGCUAGGAGUCACCUCCAUAGGAUAAUGCAAUGCUAUGAACCUGAAAUGAAUUCUGUGAGCUUGAAUAUGACCAAUGUGUCAAACAAAUUGUCCUUAUACCUUCAUUCAAGCAGGUAUAGGCUAUUGAGAAACCAUUAUUUAAACAAUAACGCACUAUGGUAAAAAUGUGUUGAGUUGAAUUAAAUAAAUAUUAUUUAUUUGUCUACAAAAUGGUGGAGGGUUGCCAGCCUGGCCAAGUUGUUUGGUAAUUUUCCAUCACCUCUGCGAGGAUCAAGUCUCCUCAACAAAGCCACUUGUUAUUCCUUAAGUAAGGUAGUGGGUAAGCAGGAUUUCCGUUUGCAACAAUUCGUGACAGCACACAUUAUUUUAAUACGCUUGCCAGACUGUUUAACACGGUCUAAGUAUAGGGAAACAUUUCUCGGCUGGCAUCCACCAGCAAUACGUAAACGUUGUGAAAUGCCGUUGUGAGGUGUGCUUGGUACCUUGAUCCGGAAGAGGGAUUUCAUAGACUAUGUACGUAGGUUGUAUUAGAGGGGGGGGGGGGGGGAAACACACACAUGCAAAACAAUUCUUACAUACACACUCAUUCAGAAUUCUUCAAGAUAGAGGCCAGGUCAUGUGAUAUGGCAAGCUUUUGAAGUUGAAUGAACUUCGGCCCAUUUCGGUUCCUGACAAACUGAAACCUAAAUCCUCUGUUUGGACUCAGUACGGUGUUAGGCCUUUACACCCCGGGCUGCUAAACCAGUGGUGUGUUUUCCCCUCCCUGCCCUAGACAGUGACCCCCUCACACCCUCCUUACCGUAAGAUCACUUGAGCUACUGCACGUACCCAAAAACUCAGAGUCCAAAUAUCUUCUCAAUGGCCCAUUUAACAACAAUUCAGUCUUGUGUGUAUUAGAGAGUCUAUUGUUUAUUUCAAAAGUGUCUAACAGUAUUUACAACCCAUGAUUAGACAGUAUUAGCUGUUGUUUAUUGUCACGAUUGCCAACUUCCAUGUACUGUAUCCCACGGUUAUGGGAAAAUGACGCUGGUGGCUUCCUUAUGAACACUGUGGUAAACCUUUCCGUGGCGAUAUUUUGGCCUUUUUGCAGCAAUUUUACACACUACGUUAAUCACACACAUGCUACUGUACGCUACAUGAUGUUUAGGGUAGUAAGGCCCUCAGCAGGUUAAAGUCUCUGUCAGGAUAUGUACGUGUUAAGCAAUCUCCACAUUAAGAAGUUCCCGUUAUUGUGUCAUCAUUUCGGUCAUGUGUAACUAUUGGCCCAGGCCCCGCCAGAGCUAUACCAGAGGAGGGCACACACGGCCUUCAACUGUCACUUUAAUAAUUCCCAGAGACAAGCUUUAACUAAAAGUACUGAACUGACUGGAACAUUAGGUGGCUAUUGUUCCAGAGACAAAAGGACAUUCUGUCCCCUAAAGAAACACUGAGGCGCAGAGUGAGGGAGAAAAUAGAACUAUGCGUUCAUAUGUAAUAUUGCAUCACUCUCACCCAACAGUGGCUAACCUAACUGUUUUUGUUGUUUGUUUGUUCUUGCAUUUCAGCUCCCAAGAGGAAGACAGCAGACCCAUAUCUCCUUUCUACACG